CUGUUAAAAGCCAUAUCGUUGAGACAAAUAAAGCCAAUCGUAUAUAUUUGUUAACGGACUCGCUUUUGCUGUAAAGGAAACACAAUGCAGUUGUUCAUCCGUGGUACGCAGACCCAUGUUGUCCAGGUUACUGGAGCAGAAACAGUCGAAGAUGUAAAAGCUUUGAUUGCUGACAAGGAAGGAUACCCAGCUGAGGACCAGAUCGUUCUGUAUGGAGGCAAGCCCCUGGACACUGGCCUUCUGGCUAACCUCUGUGAGGACAUGACCACCCUUGAGGUCAACAUCAAAAUGCUCGGAGGAAAGGUGCACGGAUCAUUGGCUCGUGCUGGAAAAGUAAAGGGGCAAACACCAAAGGUUGACAAACAAGAAAAGAAGAAGAAGAAGACAGGACGAGCCAAGAGACGUAUGCAAUACAACAGACGCUACGUGAAUGUAGUACAAGGAUUUGGCAGGAGGAAGGGACCUAAUGCCAACUCAUAAAUCAUUGACUUGUACAUAACAUUGUUUAAAUAAAUAAUGUGAAACAAGA